AUGGAAAGCUCUGCAGGAUAUGUUCAAACAAGGCUCGACUACAGCAAUCGGAUGUCAAAUUAUGAGCAAAAUCAUCGUCAGGACAUCAUUGACAUGAAAGAGUUGCUACCUUUACUCAACCAGGUUGAGUAUCACCCAUACUGUCAUGAGAACGACUUGAUUGAGUUCUGUCAAGAGCGCAACAUCACCUUCAACGGCUACACUCCAAUGAGCUGCCCAGACUACGCCCCUCCGACACACGGCUGGUCACACUCGACGCUCCAAGCACUCUUUGUCAUGCAGAUCGCUCAAGUACACAGUGCCGAUCCCUGUCAAGUGCUGCUGGCCUGGGAGCUGGCCCACGGCGUGGUGGUGAACUGGGGAACCCGCAAUCCGGACCACAUGACGCUGAACUUGCAGUUGGAGAAGGUGAAGCUGAGCACUGACGAGAUUGCCAAGAUCGCUGCCAUCGUACCGCCGGAGAAGAACAAGGUUUGCCCUGACCGUCACCAGUACAAGUAG